AUGGUCCUUUGUCAUGCUAGCGGAAGAGUUGUUUCGAAACACGAUCAAUAUUUAGACGAUGAAGCACGAAAAGAGGCGGAUUAUUAUCGAUACAUUGACCAGAUUGAUGUUUACAACCAAAAGACUGCGGACGCUUCUACUGAUAACGUUGAAAUCAUUAUCGAUGAGCAAAGGUAUAGAACGCUAUAUUGUGAGAGGGGAGGAAGUUAUUGGGAGUUCAUCAAAAAGUUCAGGCAGAACGCCGCAUAUACUAUCCGAACAACUGUUGAUCGCGCUACUUUGAGGAUGUGCUCGACCUUCGCUGAUGAGCACUUCGCAUACAAUCCGGGAGUCAAGACGCUUCACCUGCCAGUGCGUUAUCCGAGACAACAUCAUGCUGCUCUGGGUGAGACACCGACUCAGUAUUUCAACGACAACUAUAAUUAUUGUGUCGAUGGAAAAAGACUCGCCGAACAACCUGAUGACCAAAUGGCGUUUAUACGACCGAAGGAAAUCAAGAAAUUCAUCAUUCCGUGGCUGAAAAGAGUGCAGAGGCGCCCACUCGAUCUAGUAAAACCUGAUGGCGCUAUUGUCAUGGGGAUUCCACCUGCACUUGAGGGUAAGAUUCAUCUCUACAAUGCUAUGCUGCAGCUAGGCCUGCCGAAAUUCGUACAACUGCCACUCAUUGACGCAAUAGUCAUGGAGAUGUACAACAAUAGACUCAACGCGUGCCACCUCGCCACUCUAGAGCAUACUGUCGGGCGCUUCUACUCUAGGGGUGUUGCUGUGCUUGAUCCAGUUCUCUGUCACUUCAUUGGAACGUAUCCUCACAGGACCUCGCAAGACCGCAGAGACGUCAAACCUUCAACUGAGAGUGGCACCAAAUCCUCAGAUGACAUGGAUGAUCCUGACGAACAACCGCCAGAAGAAGCGCAGGGUGUUGAUAAUCAAUCGGGAGAAGAACCACCAUCACCAUCACCAGAACCAGAGAGUAACUUCGACUUCAAGAACUCAGAGAGAAAGUACCUCGGUUACCAUGAUCAACCCGCGGGCCGCGAAAUACCUUAUGAUAAAGACACAUAUCUUCUCCCCCCUGAACUGCCUGUCAUCGGUCAUAGUAUAAAGCAUUGGUCGGGAGUUCGCUGGAAUGGGAGCACAGCUGCGGCUCAUAACGGAUUUCCUCUCAACAUUGGAAAAUACAAGAAAUUCAUUCGGAGGAACGCGACGGAUGCGAUCAAUGGAAAUGACUAUCUUGAAGAAGAGACAAACCGAUUGGCAGAUCAGUCCGACUACCAAAAGAAGGGACCGGGGGAGGGCAAUUGA